AUGUCAUCGUACAGAGCAACGAGGACGGCCCUCCGCGCCGUCGCGCGCACAUCCAGGCCCGCCACCUCCCGACUCUCACAAUCGCGAUCCUUCACCGGUGUACACACCGGCUUCCUCCAACAGAACCAAACAUCACAACGUCGCCCGACAACAGCAAGUCGACAGCAAUCCCUCAAGCGACCAUCCCCCUUCGCCGCCCGCACCGGCGCCGUCCGCACAAUCUUCAUCCAAACUGAAAACACGCCCAACCCAGACGCCGUAAAGUUCCUCCCGAAUCACCGCAUCCUCCCCGACACCCUCUCCACCCCCUUCAUCGAGUACCUCAACCCGCGCUCCACCAUCGCGCCGCCCUACCCGUCCCCGCUGGCCGCCCAGCUCAUGAACAUUGACGGCGUCACCUCGGUCUUCUACGGCGCCGACUUCAUCACCGUGAACAAGUCCCCCGACGCGAACUGGGCGCAUAUCCGUCCCGAGAUCUUUGCCCUCAUCACCGAGGCCAUCACCUCGGGCCAGACCAUCGUCACCGUCUCGGCGGACAAGGAGGGCGGUGCCGGUGCGGCGGCCGAUGGCGCCCCCGAGGAGCCCGACAGCUUGGCGUACGACGAGAACGACAGCGAGGUCGUCGGCAUGAUCAAGGAGCUGCUCGAGACGAGGAUACGGCCUGCUAUCCAGGAAGACGGCGGCGAUAUCGAGUUCCGCGGGUUCACGGACGAGGGUACCGUGCUGCUGAAGCUCCGCGGUGCGUGCCGGACGUGCGAUUCCAGCACCGUGACGUUGAAGAAUGGUAUCGAGAGCAUGUUGAUGCAUUAUAUCGAGGAGGUCAAGUCCGUCGAGCAGAUCCUCGACCAAGAGGAGGAGAUUGCCAUCCAAGAAUUUGCAAAGUUUGAGGAGAAGCUCAAGUCCCAAAAGGGACCCGAGGCAACCGCGGCAUAA